AUGGGUGGAUUACAUCAAAAACCACAAAAGCAACUCCCAGAGAAUCUGCAGAGUUUCCUUGAUGCUUCAAACCAACGGCCACAAUCUACGAAAAUUAAAGUAUUUAAAUGGCUACCACAAUCUGAUCUUCUGAGGCAUCCAAAUGUGAAAGUUUUUAUAACACAGGGUGGGUUACAAUCUACAGACGAGGCAAUUACUGCUGGAGUUCCACUUGUGGGGAUUCCGAUGUUGGCGGAUCAAUGGUAUAACGUUGAGAAAUAUGUUUACCACAAGAUAGGAGUAAAGCUCGACUUUGAGAAUCUUACAGAAAUUCAAUUAAGAAAAGCCAUUAUUGAAGUGGCUGAAAAUAAAAGCUACCGAAAUAACAUUAAGAAGCUUCGUUCUCUAAUGCAAGAUCAGCCGCAGACCCCACUUGAGAGGACUACUUGGUGGAUAGAGUAUGUGCUUCGGCACGGUGGAGCCAAGCACUUACGGGCACCAGCCGCGAAUAUGUCGUGGUCUGAAUUUCUGGAACUUGAACUUGUCAGCGUCAUAAUAUUGUAC